AAAAGUAAAAAUAUAAAUUUAAAUAUAGUAUAAUAUGAAUUACACUCAAAUAAAUUUGAUUCACAUAUUUCAUUUUCUUUAUGCCUAUGUUUAUAUAUUUAUUUUAAAAUAUGUUUAAAUAUAUUUUGGAUACCGAAUUCUCAUUUUAAAUACAAGUAUUUGGCGUACACUAUAUAAGUACACUUAUUUGAGUCACAUCACCUCUUUACUUUUCUGUACAUAUUUUCAUAAAAAUCAAAAAAUAUACUUAUUUAGAUCAUUCCAAAUAUCCCUCAAGUCUUAUGUGGCUUUAUGGGUAUUCGGCUGUGUUAUUUUUUGACCCAUAUAAGUUGCUGUGCUCCUGUUUGAUGAACCCAAUUUAUUAAUUUUUUGUUACAUUUUAUUCAUUCAUUUUAGGUGAUUUUGGUAAUUGUGUUGCUUUGAUUGUGUGGAUUUGGGCAAUCUAUUAGUUGAUUCUCUCACUCUCUUAUUGUGGGUAUAUAUCUGACUUUAUAUGGAAAAGUGUAUUUAAUUGAUGAUUUAGAUAGCUCUAGAAGGACCUAGUAGUGCUUUAGGAGCAAUUACUUGCAAUGUAUUUGGUUGUUUCUGAGUUGUAGUGCUAUAGAACUAUAUGACAAAUGGCUUCCAUGGAGCAAAAAGUGUCGUUGGGUUAGGGUUUUAAGGGGAAGAGGUUCAUGGGUAUGAUCUGAAUUUUGAGAGAUGAUGUCUGUAGAGUGAAAAUUUAUUGUUGGGUUAGGGUUUUGAGGGAAAUUGGGUCUUGGGUGUGAUCUGAAUUAUCAUUGUUAGCAAGCAAUGGAAGGCAAUUUGUCAUCGGGGAAUAUGAUUCCAGGCGGUAGUUCUAACCGGGGCCUUGACUUGCAAGGUUCAAUGCAAGUUCCUCAUCAACAACACCCACUUACCCUCCAACUGCAUCACUCUCUUCCUAGACAGGGAUCGAUGGUUCAUCCAUCGAUUCAUGAGAAUUUUCCCCUUACCCUGUCAAGCAUGCAAGACUGUGAUCAGACCAUCUCUUUGGAAGAUACCCUUAACGGAGAAAGGGGGAAAAUUUCUGCAACUGAUGAGGAUGAACCAAGCUUUAUGGAAGAUGCUGUUGAUGGUCACAAUGAUGCAAAUAGAGGGAAGACAGGGAUUCCAUGGCAGCGCAUGAAUUGGACUGAUAAGAUGGUUAGGCUUUUGAUUACUGCUGUCUCUUACAUAGGUGAGGAUUCUGCAACUGAAUAUGGCAAGAGGAUGAGGGGGAAACAUGCAAAUUUACAAAAAAAGGGUAAAUGGAAAUUAGUUUCUGAGGUCAUGGCUGAAAGGGGUCAUUAUGUUUCGCCUCAGCAGUCUGAGGAUAAAUUCAGUGACCUCAACAGAAGGUACAAGAGACUUAAUGAGAUCCUUGGGAGGGGCACUUCUUGCCAGGUUGUUGAGAGGCCAAAACUGUUGGACAUGAUGGAUUAUUUAUCAGAGAAAGCAAAGGAGGAGGUUAAGAAAAUCCUAAGCUCAAAACAUUUGUUCUACCAAGAGAUGUGCUCUUACAAUAAUGGGAACCGACUGCAUCUGCCCCAUGAUCCUGAAUUGCAGCGUUCGCUGCGGUUGGCUCUCAAAGGUAGAGAUGAUCAUGAGAACAAACACCUACAAGAUGAUCUUGAUGAGGGUGAUCAAGAUGCAGAAACUGAUAAUCAUGAUGAAUUUGAGGAAAAUUACGCUGUGUGUGGGGAUUUCAGGGCAAUAUAUGAGGUGCAUGAGGGCUCUGCAAAGAGGAUGAAACAAUGCCAGGGUCAUGAAGAUAUUAGUUUAGGGAAUUCCUUGAAUUCUUUAAACUGUACUUUCAAUUUUCUCCCACAAAAUGCUCAAGCUGAUAUGAAUCAAAUGUUGAAACAUCGUUCACUUAAGUUAGAAGAACAGAAGCUACAAAUUCAAGCACAGAUGUUGGAACUGGAGAAAGAGAGGUUCAAGUGGCAAAAAUUUUGCAGGAAAGGAAACUGGGAGUUCGAAAUGAUGAGGAUCGUAAAUGAGAGGAUGAAACUUGACAAUAUGCACAUGGAAUUGGAUUUGAAGCGAAAGGAGAUGGAUGCUGAGCUGACCAUAACUAAAU